GAGUUUUGUCAUCUCCCGGCGGAAGUGGUUAGUGGAAGCGCUACAGGACACCAGCAGCUAGCAGGCUAGGGCGUUGCUAGCGGCGGAAAGUGGGAUUUUUCGUACCUUUGAUUAACUUGUAUUCUUGUACAAAUAGCGCCCGGCGUUAGAAAAACCUGCGCGUGUCGUUCACCAGGAGUUGUAAGCCUCCUGUGCGGUGUUUUUCCGUCGUUGUUCUCGGAGGACCGGCUGUUACUUUCUGUCCCGUUAGCUGGCCGCAGAGCUAGCCUGCUUUCCAUCCACUGGAAUUCUGCCGAGAAACGACUGAAUUCUGGAAACAUGGAGUCAAGGAGCGCUGCGCCGUGGUGCUAACCGACUCCACUGGACUCUUCUCCGCUCACGGAGACGCGUUUUUCCGAAGGACACAACGCGGGGACACGUCGGAAGCCGGUGAACAUCGAUGCGCGGUUGUGUAUAUGUAUGUUUCGUUGGUCGGCCGGUUCAUUGUUGUGAACGGGAGUUUGCUUAGUUUGCACACGAAGCAAAGUUUUCUGCUGAAAGAGCUCGUCUGUUUUGUUAGCUGCUAGCUGGCGAGACUCAGCCCGAGCCAGCGCACCGUGAGAAACGCUUUCACAGAAGCUAAUGUGCUUUUUUUAUUACAUUUAUUUUUAAAUCCACAAUUUAAUCGCUUUUGUGUUUUGAAUCCAGCGUCUCGCGCAUUGUGUGAGAUUAGCUGCCGCUUGUGUGUUUGCUCAUUUGUAAAACGGGUCGUUUUCUUCUCGGGUGUCGAGCGAGUCUCAUGGUCGAGGGAAACUCGUCCCCGCAGCCGCAGCAGAUCUCCGGGAGCAAGGAACACCAAAUGGGACUGGAGGAAUUUCCAGCAUCUUCGGAGAUCAUUUAGGCACCGAGGCCAUUCAGCCCGAGCAGGGGUGGUGGCAGACGGGGCUACACCGCAGGGCCGGGGUGUCUGUUUCAUUGGGAAUACAGAUUGUUUACACGUUUCACAUCGGCGGAAAUUUUGGGACGUGGAGGCGAAGGAUCACACGAGGAGUUCAUACAUGCACGACAACUUGUGCCAGCCGGAGCAGUGUUUUCAUUGUUGUUGCUAAAAUAUAGUUUGAUGACGGGGUAUGAUACCAUCUGACUGCACAGCUAAUACGACAGAGGCCCCGAUUCAUGUUCGAAGCUCUGCACCGUCGAUUCCUCUCUGCUAUCUGAUUUUUGCCAAGGAGUAUUGAUCGAAAGAUACCGUGUCGGUAGUGACAGUAUUUGGACGUGCCCUGCAACGACAACAACAGUUAUCUCAGAUUAAUUUAUUAUCAGCACCGUCUAUUUCCCCCAAAUCCCUGCCUACUUCAGACGAAUGCCAGGGAAGGACGCUCCAGGAAAUCGCCUCAUCACACUCUGGAAAAUGUUAAUCGGAUAUAAUUUGCUGCAAAUCUAGAACCGGAAGCCCAAUGAGUGACACACAGUCCAGCUUCACUGACAGGUUUCCCAAGAAAGCAAACAGUAUCAAUAAUCAUGAAAAUCGUGAAACCGUGAUAUUUCCACUGACAAUAAUCAUGGCAGCAAAAUUUCAUAUGGUGACAUCCCUACGACUGAAUGACAUAAAAACCAGCAGCAUUCUCAGUAAAGACCAUCCCCCAGACAAGAAAACCAAAAGUGACAAAACCUCACUUCCCUCCAAUGAGUUUGACCCUACAGAAGCUCUGGUGGUGCAGAAGAGUGGCAGCAGCAGUGUGCUAGCAGAGGGGAAGCCUGAGUCCUGUGGUCUGGUCCAGCGAUGUGUAAUCAUCCAGAAAGAUGAAAAUGGCUUUGGGCUCACUGUCAGCGGUGACAACCCGGUGUUUGUGCAGCUUGUCAAAGAAGAUGGGGCUGCAAUGCGGGCAGGUGUUCAGACAGGGGACAGGAUCAUCAAGGUCAAUGGGACACUUGUAACACAUUCUAACCACAUUGAAGUGGUGAAGCUAAUCAAAUCGGGCUCCUAUGUGGCCCUCACAGUGUUGGGGCGCCCUCCAGGGCUCGCCCAGAUCCCUUUGUCUGAAGCAGAGUCUGAAAUGUUGGGCGUUAGCAUUUCCUCUCCAAACUCCCCAGCAUCAGAACGCCCUUACAGUCCUCAGGACCGCCUCUCUUCUACACAACCACCAUGGGAUGAGAAUAGCAGUGUCUGCAACCAAAGGGUUGAUAUCUUGCAAAGGAUGCUCUCGAAAGAGCAGCAGGAGCUGCAGGCCAUGAAGGAGGAGUACAGCAAGAACCCCUCCCCCAAACUACUGAAAGACAUCCAGGAAGCUAAAAAACACAUUCCUCAGCUGCAGGGUCAGCUCUUCAAGGCCACUGGGGCAACACAGGAGGCUGUUCCAGGUGGUGAUGCAGAUGAAGGUUGCAUGUUUGAGUCGGAGCACACUCUCACCUCAAAGGGAGACAACAGCACAGACAUGUCCUGGAGAAUCACGUCUUUAUCUCACAGAUUUGGGCCUGGAUCUCCAGACAUUUUGUGUACAAGAGAGACAUCCUGCCCCAGCCCAAAGAGCACACCCAGGAACAGCUUCAACUCCUGCCACUCCCCAGACACAGAGGACACCACUGACCUGGACUCUCUGUCCCCCACCUCGUCUUCUCGCCUCGUCUCACAAAUCAUUGGAGCUGAGGACGACUAUUUUGAUUCAGACCAGGAACAGACAAAUGGCCAGUGUAACAGCUUUAACAGCAUCGAGCAGCUCAAGUCUCGCCCCGCCCACCUCACUGCCUUCCUUCACCAUGUCAUCUCUCAGUUCGACCCUGCUCCUGUGCUGUGCUACCUCUAUGCUGACCUCUACAAGCAGACCAACUCCAAAGAGACCAGACGGGUGUUCAUGGACCUCCACACCUUCUUCAUAGACCGUGGAGCCAAUUUGAAAGUUGCUGUCCCUGAAUCGAUCUCUUCUGAUCUUGACCGGCGACGGACAGAACUGAUCCCAGAGGAAAUAAACAGGCAACACGUUCAAACUCUGCAGGACUCUCUGCUUCCUGACAUCCAGAAGAACCUUGAGGAUUUCAGGCAGAAGCGCAGUAUGGGUCUAACCGUGGCUGAAGCUGAAUUGGCCAGACUGGACCAAGAGCGAGUCAGAGACCGGGUCACUCUGGAGCGAGAGCGCUCAUAUGCUGAAAACAUCAUCACCAAGAUAGAGGAUAUCCUCUUAACUACUCAGACCACAGAGGAAGAGAAAUGCACUACAAUGCAGUAUGUCAUCUAUACAUACAUGAAGCACCUUGGUGUGAGGGUCAAGGAACCUCGCAGUCUGGAGUCCAAACGGGUCCGGAUCAACUUUCUUCCCAAGAUCAAGAAAAGCAUAAAGACAGAAAAGGAAGGAGAAGAAAAGGUGAAGAAACCCAGAUUUCCCAGUAUCCUCGGUCCUCAGCGACGGCCCAGCCGCAUUGAAGCAGCAUCUGUGGGUAAAGCCUUGGAUGGUCGCCCACGACCUCAGAAACAAUUGUCUCAGCCUUCACUGGGGGCAAACGAGCACACAGAAACUGGUCGUUUAAGAGGCAGCCAAUCAAGUGAGGGCUCUGAGCUCACACACUCCAUGUCUGUCAACACCUCAUCCCCAAACAGCACCACCUACAGCUCAGACACGAGCCGAGACGCUGACAUGGGUGGAACUCCGACCUCAGGCCCCCACAGGCUGAGUGACGGCCUUCAGACUGACCCUCUGGACGGGCUGCCCUACCCUUCUUCACACUUUGACCUUUACAGCCUGGACCAACUGCAAGAGGACGACAGAGAAAGUGACAGAGCUCACGAGGGAACACCAAAGGCCAUAAGACGGCUUGAGGGACUGGGUGCAGCCGAUGUCCCGAGUGAAGACGACCAGGGAACAGACUCUGAGCACGACCCCCCAAACUGGCAGCAGCUGGUUGGGCGAGAAGUGCUAGCGGGGCUCCGGCCUCAUGAAAUCAAGAGGCAGGAAGUUAUCAAUGAGCUGUUUUACACGGAGCGUGCACAUGUGCGGAUGCUGAGAGUUUUGGACCACGUUUUCUACCAGAAGCUUUCAAAAGAGAGCAUCCUGCCUCCUGCUGACAUCAAGAACAUCUUCACCAACCUGGAGGAGAUUCUGCAGCUGCAUGUUUCAAUACUGGAGCAAAUGGCAGCCGUGCGGAAGAGAAAUGAGUCCUCAGUAAUUGAUCAGAUAGGAGACGACUUGCUCUCCUGGUUCAGUGGCGGAGAGGAGAAGAUCAAGCAGGCGGUGGGGACAUUCUGCAGUAACCAGCCUUUCGCUCUGGAGAUCAUUAAGACCAAGCAGAAGAAAGACUCAAGGUUCACCUCGUUCAUCCAGGAGGCAGAGAGCAACAGACUGUGUCGCAGACUGCAGCUUAAAGACAUCAUUCCUGUAGAGAUGCAGCGACUCACCAAAUACCCUCUGCUACUAGAAAACAUCUCCAAAUACACAGACAACACAGUGGAGAAGGACAAAAUAAAGCAGGCGGCAGACUGCUGUAGGAAGAUCCUAAAUCACGUCAACCAGGCUGUGAAGGAAUCUGAGGACAAGCAGAGGCUGGAGGACUAUCAGAGAAGACUGGACCUGUCCUCUCUAAAGCAGACAGAUAACCCUGUGAUCCUGGAGCUAAAGAACCUGGAUCUUACCAAGAGAACACUGGUGCACGAGGGACCUCUGUCGUGGAAAGUGAACAAGGACAAGACUAUUGAGCUGUACACGCUCCUCCUGGAGGACAUCCUGGUUCUGCUACAGAAACAAGAUGAGCGUCUGAUCCUGAAGUGUCACAGCAAAAACCUGGCAGGCACCGCAGAUACCAAACAUAUCUUCAGCCCCAUCAUCAAACUCAACACUGUGCUGGUGCGCUCUGUGGCCACAGACAACAAGUCCUUUUUUGUCCUGUCCAUGUCAGACAAUGGAGCCCAGAUCUAUGAGCUGAUGGCGCCCACAGUCGCAGAUCAGAUAACGUGGCAGCGACUAAUCAUUCAGAGAGCCGAGGCCAUGAAAGUCAAACCUCACAGCAUCAUACCGUUACCUCAGAGCGAUGGGGAGAGAGAAGACAUGGAGAUCAUUACCGCAGGUGUUUCCAGGCUGAGUCGAGACGCAGACCGCACAUCCACUGGCAGCACCCAGUCAACAGAUAAAGAGAGCAGUCCGGCUCCUAGAAGCGCAUUGCCGAGCUCUCUACCUGGUAAUAAUCCAUUCGAGAGUGUGAAGGCUGAGGAGGAGGAGGAGGAAGGUUUUGUGGACCCGGAGCUUCCUUACCAAGCGGCUGAGGAUGGCAGAGAAGGAGACUCGUUUAACGUUUUUCCCUCCAGAGCAGACGAAGCUCUGAAAACACUGGCAGCAUUAAAGCAGGUUUUGGUGACCCAGCUGAUGUCCCAGGAGGCUGCAGAGCAAAGCAAACGCUCCACAGGGGCUCGUCUCCUCAGGACCACUUCUCUGCGGACACCCAUCGACAGCCGCGCACGAGUGAUGGUCCACAACGGCUCUGAGAAGAACAGCUCUCAGACGGAGGACCCAGCUCAGGACCUGGGUUCUGGGGACACAGGCUUCUUCGACUCUCCUGACGAUUAUGCAGGAUACUUAGUCCUGGAGGGUUACGGUGGCCCGGGGGAGAGCAGCACAGAUGAUGACAUCUUGGCAUCAACCACAGGGAAGCAGCUGAGCACCUCACAAGGCUGCGCCACGGACUCCGGCAUCAACUUGAGGUUUUCUUCAACGUCACAGGCCGGCAGCCUCUCCUCUUUCAGCAGACAAGUCCUGUCUCACCUCAGAAACCUUCAGUCUAACCUAAACUAUCUGAAGGACGUUGAGGCCAAGUACAAUAAUCUAAUACGCCAAAGGCCUGAAAGGUCCGCAGCAGACAUGGAUGGAAACAAAGAUAAGAGAUAGUGGAAGUCCACUCCACAGCUUCUGGCUCUGGUCCCAAAGAGGAAGUCCUGACUCGUCGUCUGUUCUUACUUCUCGUGUCCUGGACUUUCUGGACCUCCUAUAAGCUUGUCCUCUCACUGCUGAGUCCCCCUAUUUUUCUUUCCAUCGCCGUCGCCCACGGUCGCCACUGAGAAUGAGAGACUGAGUUUGAGCAGAAACGUGGUGUCUUUAGCGACGCCGUACCCCCCCUUCCCCCUCCAUCAGCACAAGGCAAUCAGGGAAGUGGGAUUGCCCCAGAACCUCAUCCCUCGACCAUCUAACACCCGUUUCCCCCUGAACUCCCUGCAAGAAAGAGAACUUAUACCAAAAUGUACAAAGAUGUGUGUUUAGAAUAUAUAUAUAUGAAACACAAAACAAGAAAAGGAAAAUUUUAAGAUAAUGUAUUAAGAUUUUUUUUAUCCCAAGAUGUAUUUAUUUUCUUUCUUUUCAUUUUUUAAAAAAAGUGUUUCCACAUUGCUUGCAUGCUUUUGGCCAUGGUGUUACCUUUUUGGCUGCUCCUCCCUGCUUCAGUCACACAGGCUUUGUGCGAGUGAUGAGUGCACGCGAGCAUCAGCCGAGCGUAGUCCUGAUGAAGUGGCAGGAGUAUAUUCAGACUGAUAGAGGCCGGAGUUGCACUGGUGAUGGAUAGAUCCCAUUGUGUUGAAACUCUUGAACUGUGUUAAAAGACUAGAAUUUUAGAUAAAUUCUAUUUGUGGUGUUCACUAGAAUGAAGAGUCUCGCGGCUCUGAUCUGGUCCUGUUGCAUUUCUGUGCCUCCUCCUCCUCGCCGUGAGGGCUAUUUUUUCCUCCUGUCUACUCCUCUACUCCUCUGCGUGUGACUCUUCUCCUUCUUUUUCCUUUUGAACACUUACAGGUGUCAUCCUUCUUUUUUUUUUUUCCUUGCAGCCCGGUGGCGUUCAUGCUUCUUUAUCCCCUGCUGCACUCUAUAUGUCAUGCUUUCUCAUCUUCCCUUUGGGGAUCUUGCCCCCGUUCUCCCCUCCCCUCUCUUCUGCAAGGAGCGGUCAUGCUCUCUCUGUAUUAGCUUCUGACAGAAAUGCUGCUUCUCUCUGCUACUGUUGGCUGUUCUGAUCUGACUGCCUGAUAUUCUAACAAUGUCAUGAAGUUCAACAUAUACUGUACAAUGAUCAAGUUGGAAGGUUAUGCAUAACUUUAAUAAAUAAAUGGUGCCAUGACACAUUGAAA